UGAGACUUUUCCAUACCACUCCAUGGGAUCAUUUUAUAUGAGAAAGGACCUUGACUCGGGGGAAGAAGACUGUGGAACAGAGCUGGUGACUUGCUUUGGCUGAUGUGUAAAGGCUUACCGCAAGAGAAAGAAUGCAGUCAAACCAUAGACGUUUGGACCUUGAAGUCGGCACCACUGAACUUAAAAUCGCUCAAACAGCCAAAGGCAUGGAGGUUCCCCUUAAGGCUAUGCACCGCUCAGUGUUUGCAGAAGACCAAAAUGGAAAUAUUGCUUGCCUUAGUGACCCUUCAGACAACAGUAGUCAUGGCAAAACGAACGGCCCUACUGACGUUGAGAUGACCGAGGACUGUGUUGGCGAAUUGAUUUCUCCAAGCGUAAUUAAAAUGGAUGCACAAUCAAACUUGGGCACUGUCGGCUGUAUAAAAAGUGCAGAUGACAACUGUAGCCAGAAUGUGACAUUUAUGAUGUCAGCCCUGAAAAAUGGCAAUAUUGGUUCUAAAAGUACCAUGCCAGAUGUCCAUCGUCUCGUUGUUAAGAAACAUGAUGGUGUUUCAAAGAUGUUCCCCAGUACUGACACGCGACGGGCCUAUGUCAUAGGAUCUGUUCCUCCAUCAAGCUCUAGCUCCAGUGAGACCUACAGCUCUGUGAGCUCUGGUGAGAUGCUAAUUAGGAGCAACAGUUUCAUAAUUCAUGAGUCUGAUCAACAACUCAAUGCCUCGGACUUGGAGGAAUUUUCAGAUAUGCCUUCUAAUGUUGGCCUGAUGCCUGGCUGGCUGCCUGAUGUUUGUGAAGGUCUUGUUAAUAACAUGGUCAAUGCUUCAGGACAAAGCAGCAAACCUCCAGACUUUGGAGUCACCUUCAUCCAGUUAAGCAAUCAGACAUUCACAAUGGAAGAGGAUGUAUUUCAAACAGUUCCUCAAAAUGGACCUGGGGAAAACCGAACUUCACAUUUGGUUGCAGGGGUUAGUCAUUCUGAAUGUGUCACACCAGUUAAUGUGAAAAAAAACCCUACAGAGGCUGAAAGAUCUGCUCGGUCCACAUCAGCUGAAGCAAAAACAUUCCAGAUUGCAAGCUCUGAGGAACUAGACAUCAGUGGUAAUGCCAAGACCUCUACUCCUGUUCAGUCUUUGCGCUCGAAAACAUUUUGCUUUUCAGACUCCCCUCUAAACACGAGCAAAAGUGAUUUUGGAAGUCCAUUGGCCCAAGUUAUGAAGGAACAGCAAAGCUUGGUCUCUCCGAAACCUACAAUUUCAUUGCCUGAAUCCACGAAAAGUAAUAAAUUAGAAACCAAGAAGAAUGCCAAGCCUAACUUUAGUAAUGUAAAAUCUAAAAUAAUGUCUAGAACCGCUAGUGCCUCAAGUGUGACUGGUGUCAAUGCAUCAUCAAAUACAAGACCGCACAAAAAACCAACUCAACCUUCCCAUUCCAUGCAAAACAUAGCAUGUCCUAGCAAAUGUACCUCUGCAAUUUCUUCCAGCGCCACUCUCACAUGUGGUAGUCUUAAGAGGGAUCAGAACAAUAUGAUUAAAAGAACUCACUCAUCUACUUUUCAUGAUAGUGCGUCUGCUCCAAAGUCCCGGCCUCGCACGUGGUCGGAGACUUCCAGCUCAUCAAAAACUAAUGGAGACAACACAGCUGUAAAGCGCUCACACGUCGGUAGGCUUGUACAUGCUUUCACUAAUGCAAAAAGCUCAUCUGUAGGAGGGUUUCUGAGCCGAACUGGCCUGACAAAACUUGGAGACAAGCAGGCUUCUUCCAGAGAAGAAAAAUGUCUUGGGAAACCCCAGAAAAUAAUUCCAAACGCAGACUCAUCCCGGCCAGUAGGAGCAGCGCUCUGUGAUUGGCGCAAAAGCAGCCUUGGCUCCCAGCCAUCAUCACCCAGGGCAGGAGGUGCUUCGCCUGCACGAACUCCAGCAGCAAGCCUUCGGCCGCCACCUCCGUCUGCAUCGAAACUUAAGCCUGGCACGGCACAGAAAAAUGGCUGCACCACCAAAGACAUGCCUUCUCCAAGGAGUAAACUGAGCACAUCUGGAGGUAAUCUAAGCAUGCGUGUUACUGAAGGUACAGGAACCGAGGCUUCAGGAGGAACCAUUUCCAGAUUCGCUCUUAAUCCUGGCCAUCCACAUUCAUCAGCCUCAAAGCUGCCAGUGAAGACAAGGACCCAAUUUAAAAGCUUGAGUGUGUCCAGUGGACACACAAAGCCUGAUUUGGAGUCGCCCUCAGGAGCUUUGGGAAAACCUCCCACUACUCCUAGGACCACGUCAUUAAGAACAAGGCUCCAAAGUCUAUCUCCCAAAGUCUCAUCAUCUUGUGGAAACAAGAACACAUCUUCACUGUCUCAUACAUCUGCGAGGUCUACAGGGAACAUCUCAAAACCCCCUGCUUCAUCGCGGCCUGCUCGAAUUACUGCUACUUUUCCAGUUGACAAAAACAAGGCAAAGGGGAGCUCACGGAGCCAGCAGCAGGGCCACACCAAUGGCCAUCCGGACCUGGUGCCACCAGAGACCAAGCCACAAGGACUGGAGUACUACAAGGCUCUGUGUGAGAAGAAGAACCAAACCAUCCAGCAGCUGAAGAACAGUUUUAUUGCUAGCAACCGCAGAUUUGAGGCCAUCACUGUUGUUGUACAAACCCUUUCCCGACAGCAUGAAGAAUCGGUGAAGCGGCAUCAGGAGCGUUCUGUGGAACUGCUCAACCUGCGUGAGGAACUCGUGAGCUCCUUGGAGUCAUGCGAGCGUCUAGGGAAGGAGAAGGAAGAGCUGCAUGCGGCCUUCGAUGGAGUGCUGCAGAAAGUGCAGGAGCAGCACCGCCUGGACCUGGCUGACCUGGAGGAGCGUCUGAAAACCUUCUACUCCACUGAGUGGGAGAAAAUCAGCCAGUCCUAUCAGGAAGAAGCGGAGAAGUACAAAGCCCUGCUGGAGCAACAGCUGGAGGAAUUGAGAGCCAAACAUGAGGCUCUGCAGAAAGAACUGGAAGAAGGCCAUGAAGAGAAGGUUAAGGGCCUUAAACAGCACUAUGAAGAGUCUUUUGAAGAACUCAGAAAAGCUCAUGAGCAGGAGAUGCAAGCUCUGGAAAAAAGGCAAAAAGACACCGAAGUAGCGUUAUCUAAUCAAAUUGAGGAGCUCACUGUAGCAAACAGCUACUUCAGUGAGCGGCUGAAAGCAGAGGAGGACCGUAGGAAGGAACUGGCUGAGAAAUGUCAGAAGGACCCUCACACGCUCUAUCUAGAGCAAGAGCUAGAAAGUCUGAAGGUGGUGCUGGACAUUAAGAACAAACAGAUCCACCAACAAGACAAAAAACUGAUGCAAAUGGACAAACUGAUGGAGAAAAAUGUGAAGCUUGACGAAUGCCUUAAGAAAGUCCAGCAAGAAAAUGAAGAUCUAAAAGCCAGAAUGGACAAACAUGCUGCAUUAUCAAGGCAACUGUCCACAGAGCAGGCAGUGCUGCAGGAAUCACUUCAGAAGGAAACAAAAGUGAACAAGCGUCUGUCGAUGGAAAACGAGGAGCUGCUGUGGAAGCUACAGAAUGGAGACUUGAGCAGUCCACGCAAGAUCUCACCCUCUUCUACCUCUGUGACUCUACAGUCCCCUCGCCACUCGGGGCUUUUCUCCAGCCCCCCCGUUUCCCCCAGAUAACAUUGGUCAUCAGCUUCCAGGAAGCAGCUUCUCAAACACUUUUUUUUUUCUUCCAGGGACAGACUUUUUGUCUACAAUGAAGGCUAUAUUAGCUUUGUGGGUCUACAUCCUGUAACCUGAAGGACAUUAAUCCAAAAUGGAUCUAUUCCCAGGUGAAACUUGUAUAGUUAAGAUUAUUAAGACUGUUUAAAGGAUUGCACAGAAGCACUUGAUCAAUAAGGCCACCUUUUUGUACUUUUGCCUUUCACAUCUGAUUUUGGGAGAAAAAUAUCUCAGGGUUUGUAAAUAAUUUCUCUUUUUUUUUUUUGCCGCUAGACCUCCACACUUCAUACUUCUGUCCUCCAUUAUCUGGGACGGCACAUGACUGGCCGUGUUUGAAUGAAAUGGCAAAAUGCUUUUUAUGUCUUUAGUUACUAUGCAUAUCAAAAUUAACUUGAUGGUGUUUGGCAACUUUGAAAAGCUUUACCACUAGCAGUCUUUUACGACGACCUGCUUAACAUCACAACAAAUUCCUUUCAAAGCUUUCCAGAUGCUACUGGACAGUUUAGAGAGUUAAUUAAUUUUUUUCAUUAGAGUACUGUCUCUUCCCCUAACUUUUGAUUAGCAAGGCAUCAAAUAUUGUAUAAAAAUGGCAUGAGUACAUUUAAAUACUUUUUUUUUUUUUUUCCUUUUUGCUCUCUCAAGUCAUUUUUAUACACGAGUGAAUGAAACCAAACACUUGGAGCAACAUUCCUAAAAAAUGUAGAAAUGCAAAUAUAUUCUUUGCAUUUUGCAUCAGUAUUUGGACCUUGUAUAUUAGUUAUGUUUUAAAGAUGAUUAAGUCCCACAAACUGAAGACUGAUGAACUGUGUAUUUGAUGGUUCAGAUUUUUGCCAGUCCAAUUACCUGCUACUUCUAGGAAUGAAAAUCUCUUGUCAGUGUGGUUUGUUUUUUGUUGUUUUUUUUUUGUUGUUUUUUUUAAAUAUGAAUACGGGUUUGAUUGUUCACUACUGUUGACCCCUGAUGAGAUACUGGUGUACACUUUGUUCAUCCUCUUUUCUUUAACUUCUUUCUGCCCAUGGGACCAACCUAUAUGACCGUUUGUUUGUGCAUGUUCAAGUGGCCUCAAGAGCAACCCCCAGUGUUGAAACUCUUCUUCUGCAGCUUUAAGGUUUAACUAUUUCACACAUGAACAUGGUUUAGUUCUGAUAACAAGAAAUUUAAGAGCUAACUUGGUUGUGUGUCACGAAGAUAUUUGAGAGUUAUGUUUAUUGGCGUGAAGCUUAAUUUUUUUUUUUU